GUCCCUAACUAUUGUUAGUAAUUUAAAAUUCAAUAAACUUCAAUUGCAAGAUAUUGAAAACUAUCAUUUUAAGUAAUCUAAUAAAACAUAUUUUAAUUUUAAAAUACGUGUGAAGUCAACGUCAAAUUCCACUAACGAACAACAAAAAUGAAUUCGGCUACAAAGAUUGGUGAAAUAUUUACAGCCGCUGGAGCAGCUUUUAACAAAUUAGGGGAUUUAACAAUGCAAUUACAUCCAAAUGCAGAUUCUCCAGCAGGAAAAUGGACCGAUGAAGAAAUUGAGAUGCUUAGAUCCGCUGUAAAGAAAUUCGGUGAUGAUUUGAAUAAAAUUAGUGAACGUAUUAAAUUAAGAACAGUCCAACAAAUUAGGGCAACAUUAAAGAAAAAAGCAUUUGAAGAUGCUGGAUUACCGGUACGAACAUUGCAACAAUCACAACAGCCUGGUUCAAUUCAAGCCCAGCAACAAGCGCAACAACAAAACAUUAUGAAUAAAUCAGCAGAAGUUACAUUGAACAUGUUAAAUGCGUCCGAAUCUGAAGUUGAUGUAGAGGGUUUACAUGAUGAUGUUAAAUUAGAGUUUGAUGGUGCGACCGAAGAAGUUACCUCUUGAAAUCAUUUACAAUUUUCUUCAAUUUAUUAAAUCAUUUUCCAUCUUUUUUUUUAACAGAGGUAUUUACAUUUUCAAAAUAUUUUGUAAUUCCAAAAUUUAAAAUCUAACUUAAAUGAGUUUGUAAUAUCAAUUGAAUUGAACAAAAAGUGUCCAUUCCGGGAAAAUAAUAUUCUUACAUGUAGUUUGAUAAGUAUCUCCGUCUCAAAACAGACUCACCAUUCCAAGAAAAUGCAUGUAUAAACAAACUUGAUUUGAGAACUUUGAAUAUAGUUAUUAAUUAUUUUAAUAUUUAAAACAAUUUACUGCAUCAAUCAAAAAAAAAAAAUACCGGAAAUUUCAAUAUGGAUUUUGAAGAGAGAGAAAAUUAUACUAAGUUGCGUAAUUCCAAUUCUUCAAAUUUAAGGAUUUGAAUAAUUCUUAAUUUCCAUACUUUAUUCCGAGUUGGACUAUAUUUCUGGCUUAAGUCUUCGGUAUUAUUAAAUAUUAUUUUUAAUAUGUUGAAAAAAUGUAAA